CUUAUUCAGCGGACUUUUGAAUGUAAGGUCACAAUGAAUCAGCUGCUUCGUCUUGGCAGCCUGAGGCACCUCACUGGAGCAUCCACUCCUAGGAUAUGUUACUCUACAUUUCCGCUAAUUAAUCGUGUCGGGCAGUAUUCAGCACGUCUGGUAUAUAUAUCCUCAUAUUUUUUAUUAUGUAGUUUAAAUCAAGAUCUAAGUGGCAAUGGGGAUCUACAAAUGCUAAUUAUUCCAGUGACCAUCAGAGCGAUGAUCCUUCCCAAAAUAACCCAUACAAUGUGGACAUUUAUGCAUUAGCUGCGGGUGGUGCUUCAUUUGCCCUCUUGUUAAUUGCGUGGUGGUUAAUGGCUAAUGUACCCCAUGUACCUCAAGUAACUUUCGGAAUGCUUGUAUCCAUGUUGGAAAGAGGUGAAGUUCAAAGGAUACAAAUAACGUCUUCCGGUGAUGUGUACAUUCUCACUUAUCAACAUGGUCAACUGCCUUUGAUUUUGAAGUACUCAGUACCUGUAAAUGAAUUUGUAAAAAAAUUACGAUCCCUAGAGGAUGCGUGGGGCAUUGAAGAACAUGACCGUAUCCCAGUCCAGAUGUCCGACUUACCUUUGAACACGUUCAUGCAAAGAUGGAAUACGAAAUUGUGUACUGGUCUUCUAUUUAUAUCUUGUGGAUUGUUCACAUUUUCAACGAGGAGAAUGUUGUCUCAAAAAAAGAACUUAGAAAAAGCAGCGAAUAGCGGUAUUAUGAGGAAGUCUAUAAAUAUCUCAAAGUAUCAUGAUGACCCUAAGCCACCGAAAACAUCGGGUUCAAGUUUUGAUUCUGAAAACGACCGAUUUUCUUUUCGUCCACCCUUCCAGUGGGAUCCUAUUACUGGUUUCAAUACAAUUAAACCUACAACAUCCACCGUAAAAUUUAAGGAUGUCGCUGGUCUUCAUGCAUGUAAACAAGAAGUUAUGGAGUUUGUUUCUUAUCUAAAAAAUCCUCAAAAGUAUCAAGCGUUAGGUGCUAAGUUACCAAAGGGGGCACUUCUACUUGGUCCACCGGGAACUGGAAAAACUUUGCUUGUUAAAGCAUUGGCCAAUGAAGCGGAAGUACCUUUCUUUUCAAUGGCUGGACCACAAUUUGUAGAGGUUGUCGGUGGACUUGGUGCUCUUCGAUUACGACAGCUUUUCAAAGUAGCUCGUUCUCAUUCACCAGCUAUAAUAUUCAUAGAUGAGCUCGAUUCCCUUGGUCGACGUCGUGAUUCUGGUGAUCAGAGAGAGGGUGGUGGUGGUGUAUCUGAGAUGGAACAGACACUGAAUCAACUACUUGUAGAAAUGGAUGGAAUGGAUACAACUGAAGGUGUUAUUGUAUUUGGAGCGACAAAUCGAGCUGACUUGUUAGAUAGAGCUCUGUUACGUGCAGGACGAUUUGACAGACAUAUUUUUAUUAAUUUACCAAAUCUAUCUGAACGUAAAGAAAUAUUUGCUGUAUACCUUGCUAAAUAUCAACUUGCUCCUGAUGUUGUACAAAAUGAACUUGUUGAACGUUUAUCAGCCUGGUGUCCCGGAAUGUCUGGAGCCGAUAUUGCACGUCUAUGCAAUGAAGCUGCUUUGUCUGCUGCUCGAAGAGAUGAUAAAGUUGUUGGUGUUACUAAAGCUGAUUUUGAAGCAGCACUUGAAAGAAUAGUAGCAGGUGCUGCAAAACAUUCAAAUCCACUUACGGUUGCUGAACGCCACAUGUCUGCUGUCCAUGAAUCUGGUAGGGCUCUUGUAGCAUGGCUUCUUUCAGAUAGUGGAGUACUACCUAUAAAAGUCUCAAUUAUACCGCGUACGGUUUCUGGUCCAGAUACUGUUGGAGAUCUGGGUUUUACUCAAUUAAUAUCAGAAGAAAAAUAUUUACUUAAUACUGAUGAUCUAGCUGAUCGUAUGUCUGUAUUACUGGGUGGUAGAGCGGCUGAGCAUGUUGUAUACAAUGCAAUUUCAGAUGUUUCGCAAAAAUACCUUCAGGAAGCUAAUAAAUUAGCAAUGAAGCAAGUACGUAAGUUUGGAAUGUCUAAGAAUAUUGGAAACCUCAGCUUUGACGAGGAGUCAUCCAGUGGACUGUCCUCUCUGAAACCGUUCUGUCAAAAAACGGAAGCCAUCAUGGAAAUAGAAGCCAAUCAACUUUUAUCUUCAGCAUUUUCGCGUUCUGUAAAAAUGUUGGAAGAAAAUAAGGACAACCUGUUAGCACUUAUUGAUGCUCUUUUAAAGAACGAAGUUCUCAGUUACGAUGACCUGACGAAAAUUUUAGGUGAUAACAAACGUUCAACAAAAAUUAAACCUCGUUUGUAAUGUAAUUUCGUUUAAAUUCCUUCAACUUCUUGUGUAUAUAAGCAUCUUAUUAACCCUAUUCUUAUGUAACUAAUUCAUUGAUUCGGAUAAUUGGUUGUAAAUAGUGGUUAUCAAACUUUACAUCUACUGAGGUAGUUCUUAAGAUAUUCCAAUAUCUUCACACUGCUUAAUCAAUUAGUCAGCAGUUAUGGCGCUUGACUUUCAGCUAGUAAGUCUCAGGCUCAAACCCCGUUCCACUAACUUGGGUUUGGGUAACCGAGUAAUUCCAAUAAUCCUUACACUGGAAUUGUGACUCGAAGCCGAGUAAGCUAACAUGUACUCGGUAAGUAAAUUGAGUGAAUGAUUAGCGAAUUGUUUUUGAUAUGUUUUAGUCUAGUGUCAAAAGCUUUAGCGAUACAAGUUGAUUUUGAAAACCAUACAUGUACUCAGUCAACAGCUUUAUGUUUAUGAGAUGAUAGGAGAACAGCAUAUCCCAAGUCAGAUGUUACACGUGGUUUUUGUUUUGGAAAUUUAGGAUUACAAGCAGGGAUAUUACUGCACACUUGUUCAUUGAAUCAAUUUGAAACGUACAGUCUACCAGUUGCUGUAAUAUCACGUCGAUUGCAUUCUAAAAAAACUACAAAUUGCAAAAGAUGGAUUUGGUAAACUGCUGAAACUGGACCAUUUUGCAGUCUAAAUCCUCUUUGUUGGAUAUGAUUCUUUGGAAGGAUUUGGCUAUCCGCUGACUACCACGUACUUACAAUCAAAUGUUUGCGGACCGAAAUCUUGUGCAGCAAACUACAAGUUUUCAAAAUUAAUGUUGCAGAAGAACCUCGCUUUAUUGAACAGAUAGUUCAGAAUUCGCCCUCUUAUGUAUAUAUUGGCUAUUUGGUCGUGAACAGAGCAACAGCUGAUGAUCAUUUACAUCUCCGUACCACGAUCAUUAAGAACCAUUUUCAACAAGCCGUAUGGCCUUUUACAUCCCGGUAUUCGCGCGAUUUACGUUCGUAAGAGUUAUGUACGUGUAGCUACAUAUGAAUCGUGACGUUCCACAGUAGGCGUAGACUUAUUUGAAGUGUCAAAAAUGAAAUGAUACAGUUGCUCCUACAGGCAAGUUUAUGGAACCAGAUAAUGUAUUUGAACACAUCCACAUAAGCAAGAGUCGUUACCUACAUUAGAUGGUCUCACGAAUUAAAUGACAUGUAGAGACUUAAUAUGUGGUCAUUAGCAGUACCCCUAAAAGAUAAAUCAGUCAAAGUAUUUUCGAGAACUAUUAUCUACCAUCUUUGAAGUAGUUUUUGCUAAUUACUGUGGGUAGAAGUGGACAAAGCAAAAGCCACCUCUUUUAACAGAUGAAGGAUGCAUUUAUUUUCACAUCGUUUGAUUGUAUCUUUCCGUUGAUGUUUAGAUCUUUAAUUGAACAACCACUUAUUGGCAUACGUGCUUCCUGUGCGAAUUGCUUCAAUAUUACCUUAGGUCACAAGCAUUAUAAGCAAGAAUGAAUGGUAGCUAGUAGUGGAAUCCAGGACGUAGGUCUUUUUUUAUCCGGGACACUUCAGUUGGAUGUAUCUGCAUAUCAGAGUCGAUAUUAACUCCGCAACUGAAACUAAUUACCCUUCACUUCCAACGUUAUCGUAUUAUCCAUUUAGCUACCGAGUCCAGACAGCCACUAGCUUGUGCUAAGUGAACAAUGCGAUAGCAUUUUUGGCGAACGGUACUGGGUUGGAGUCCCGGAGUGAACAUCAAAUCUAGCAUGCAGGUACAUCUAGUUGACGAAUCCCAAACAGGAAGAAAUGCGCGUCCUGGAUUCCACUGCUAG